GGGGGCGGGGCCUGACUGCCAAGCCGAGCGGACGCAACUCACAUCGGCUCCUGACCAAGACUCACAUUAAAGCCCAAUUUCACGACUUUAUAGCCCCUCCAGGCGCACAACCAACAUCCAGAGACUCCUGGGCAUCUCUACAAGUAAUCAGCAGACCGAGAUCUAGUUUUGGCCUGC